UUGCGUCUUCCCUUUUCAGUGGAAAAGCAAACAAGCAAAAAACUUGGCACCUUUUCCUGAUUCAAGAAUGGGAUCUGUGCAAUGGACGCUUUUACUACUUGUGGUCGUCAGCAUUUGCAGCGUUCACGUCCAUGCAAGUGAUCCACCUUUAACGUUAGAUUACUACAAGAAAACAUGCCCAGCUGUGCUGGAACUUGUUAGGAAGGAAAUGGAAUGUGCUGUGCUUUCUGAUCCUCGUAAUGCAGCUUUGAUCUUAAGAUUACAUUUCCAUGAUUGCUUCGUUCAGGGCUGCGAUGGGUCAGUUCUGCUGGAUGAUACAAUCGAUCUCCAAGGAGAAAAGGAGGCACCAACUAACAAAAACGCUUUAAAGGGGUUCAGAAUCAUUGACAAAAUAAAGAACUUACUGGAGUCAGAGUGCCCAGGAAUAGUCUCUUGUGCUGAUAUUCUCACUGUUGCAGCAAGAGAUGCAGUUCUGCUGGUAGGUGGCCCGUAUUGGGAUGUUCCUUUGGGUAGAAAAGACUCCAAAACUGCCGGUUAUGAGCUCUCAAGUAUCAAUCUUCCAACUGCAGCUGAUGGCCUUCUCUCCAUCAUUUCCAAGUUUAUGGAGCAAGGGCUCUCAGUCACUGACAUGGUGGCUCUCUCUGGUGCCCACACCAUUGGCAUGGCACGUUGUGUGAAUUUCAGGGACAGAAUAUAUGGAGACUACGCACUCACUUCAGAAGCAAAUCCAAUUUCUGAGGCAUAUCUGCAAAACUUGAGAUCUUCAUGCCCUCCUGCCGGUGGAGAAGACAACAAGGAAUCAGCUAUGGACUAUGAGACCCCUGAACUAUUCGAUAACUCCUAUUACCAAAUUUUAUUGAGGGGACAGGGACUCAUUAAUUCAGACCAAGAGCUUUAUUCAAGUAUUCUUGGAAUUGAAACCAAAAGGCUAGUCCAAAAUUACGCUGAAAACCCUCUUGCUUUCUUUGAGCAAUUCUCCCAAUCCAUGGUGAAAAUGGGCAACAUCACAAACCCUGAAACUUAUGUCGAUGGAGAAGUUAGGAGGAACUGUAGAUUUGUGAACACAUGAAGCUACAAAUUUAGAUAUUAGAUCAAAAACUUCUCUCUUUUUUUUUUUCUUUUUUUUUUCUUUUUGUGUUGGAUGAAGAGGCCUCAUUAACAGGGCUUAAUUUGAUUGAGUUGAAAAUUGUUGCUUUUAUCAUACCCCGUGUAAUAAAUAAGAUAUAUUCAAAAAUUAUUUUGUGAAGCACUCAGAGCCAUCACUCGAAUAUUUUUAUGUAA